AUGGACGUGGAUAUGGAAGGUGCCAUCUCCAUUGCAGCCCCCACGGGGACUGCAAUGAACGGCGCAACCAUCCUCUGCUGCAACUGCGGCGCACCCAUCGACGGAACCACAGCCGCCGGCGCCCUCUGUUAUGACUGCGUCAAGCUGACCAACGACAUAUCACAAGGCAUCCAGCGGGAGGCCGUCCUCAACUUCUGCAGAGACUGCGAUCGUUGGCUCCUGCCCCCCAACAGUUGGCUAGUCGCCGCGCCAGAAUCGAGAGAACUGCUUGCUUUGUGUCUGAAGAAGCUGCGGGGCCUCGGGAAGACUCGAAUAAUCGACGCCAGCUUCAUCUGGACCGAGCCACACUCCCGAAGAAUAAAAGUUAAGCUCACAGUGCAAGAUGCUGUGUCGGACGGCGUCCUGCUGCAGCAGAGUUUCGAAAUCGUCUACGUCGUCGCUUACCAGCAGUGUCCCGACUGCGCAAAGUCAUACACAGCCAACGUCUGGAGAGCGUGCGUACAGGUGCGGCAAAAGGUCUUGCACAAGAGAACCUUCCUGUUCUUGGAGCAACUGAUCCUGAAACACGGCGCCCAUCGCGACACGAUCAACAUCAAGGAAACAAAGGACGGUAUCGAUUUCUUCUUCUCCCAACGAAAUCAGGCCGAGAAGUUCGUCGAUUUCUUGAAGUCGGUGGUGCCAAUCAACGUUGUCAAGAGUCAAGAGCUUAUUUCCGAAGAUAUUCACACCUCGAAAAAGAGCUACAAGUUUGCCUUCUCCGUCGAAUUGGUGCCAAUCUGCAAAGACGACCUCGUCGCGCUUCCAAUCACUAUGGCAAAGCAGCUUGGCAACAUCUCGCCACUGGUCCUGUGCCACAAGAUUGGUACCUCUGUCAACUUCCUCGACCCAAACACCCUCCAAACAGCCGAGCUACGUCCCGACAUCUACUGGCGUGUGCCAUUCUUCUCCCUCUCCGACGCACCCGACCUCGUCGAGUUCAUGGUACUAAAUAUCGAACCCACGGGCCCCCAGAAGGGUAAAUGGCUUGUUGCGGACGUCGAGGUGACGAGGGUAGAUAAUAUGGAGACGACCUACAACGUACGGACGCACCUGGGUCACUUCCUCAACCCUGGCGACUCAGUCAUGGGCUACAUGCUCACGGGUACCAACUUCAACAACCCCCAGUUCGAGGCGAUCGAGAACUCCCACACUUACGGCUCAAGAAUACCAGACGUCGUACUGGUGAAGAAGCACUUCCCGCGUAAGCGCAAGCACCGCAACAGAAAGUGGCGCCUCAAGCGUAUGGAGAAGGACGAGGGCGAGUUGCUACCCAAGAAGGCAGACCAGGAACGCCUGGAUAACGAAUACGAGGCGUUCCUGCGUGAUGUUGAAGAGGAUGAGGAGCUGCGCGCAGCGUUGGCGUUGUACAAGAACACCAACAAGAAUAAGAAGAAGCAGGAGGGUGAAAUGGACGUGGACGGCCAGAGUGUUGCGGAUACGGAGGCAACUGGCGCCAGUGACGAUGACGAAGUGCCGAAGGUGAACAUGGACGAAUUGUUGGAUGAAUUUGAGGAGAUGACGAUGCAGGAUCAAGAGUAG